CGCUAAUUAUUUAAGUCGCCCCGCUCGCUUCCCUCCCUCCCUCUUUUUUUCCUCCUCCCCUUCUUGCCCCCCACCCAAAACCCUAGCUCGCCUCCAGCCCAUGGCCGCCGCCGCCGCCGCCGCCGACCAUGCUACGGAUUUGCUGCAGAAGCUGGCUCUGGACCCGACAGGGGAUGCCGGCGACGUCACCGCGGUGAAGGAGAAGGCUUUGGCGAAGGGCGUGGAGGCGGCUGUAGGGAACCUGCAGCCGGGGAUGGAGCAGUGGGGGACUCCACAGGUGCAGGAUUACAAGGACGCAAGCAUGUACUACGGUGCGUACCCGGCUUACGCCUACGGAGCCUAUGGUGGUUGGGGGGAGUACUCCACAUACUUGAGCCAUGAUGGAGCACAGACUCCGACUGCUGGUGCUUAUGGUGACAUGUACUAUGGCUAUCAUCCAUAUGGUGUUGCAACUUUGGGGCAUGAUGGUCAGAUGUAUGGGUCUCAGAGUUACCAGUACCCAUCAACGUACAACAAGCAGCAGAAUUCCACUGCCAAGCCGCCAUGCAAUGGUAAAACUGAAAAUUUGGCUCCAUUGCCACAAGGGGAUGUCUCCACCAACGGUGUUGAUGGGGUGAAAGAUCUGAAAGAUUCAAACCUGCCCCUGAAGGCAGACCGGAGUACGCCAGGUUCCAAUGGCUCAUAUGGUCGAUCUAGUGGGCGUUCCGGUAGCUACCAGAACCAAACUAACUGGUCAACCUAUCCGUAUUACAGUAGUAAGAUCUUUUCUGAUAAGCAGCAAAAACUUACCAGCAAUCGGACUUUGACCGCUUCCAAUGCUAAAGUAAAGGGACAGUCUAGGAAUCAAAACAUGAAACAAUAUCCUCAUCUCAUGUGUUUGCAGACGCCAACUUCACCAAUGGGGCCACCAUCGAUUUGCUCAGCGAAUGGAAUAUAUGGGUAUGAUGGCAAUUCUUAUGGAUCUGGCCUUUGGUAUGGAUCACACAUGUAUAGUUCUGGAUUAUAUGGUGGAUGGAGUGCACCAUGGGAUGGAAAAUACAAGCCCAGAGGAAGAAGUAAUGGAUAUUAUGUUCAUGGUAACGGAAACCUAGAUGGGUUUAAUGAGCUGAAAAGAGGGCCAAGAAGUGGCCUUUUCAAAAAUGACCAAGGGCCUGGAGCUACUAAUGAAGUACCUGCAAAAGAGCAGGAGCUUUUGGCUGUCGAUGGCUCAAAUGCUGCCAUAAAGGAUCUGUAUAACCGGGCGGACUUUGUGGAAACGUACUCAGAUGCUAAAUUCUUUAUUAUUAAAUCAUACAGUGAGGAUGAUGUUCACAAGAGCAUUAAGUACAAUGUAUGGGCUAGCACGCCCAAUGGUAAUAAGAAGCUUGAUGCAGCAUAUCAGGAGGCUAAAGAAAAAUCCAGUGAAUCUUCUGUCUUCCUUCUUUUCUCUGUGAAUGCAAGUGGUCAGUUUGUUGGUCUUGCUGAGAUGGUGGGUCGUGUUGAUUUUAGCAAGACAGUGGAGCAUUGGCAACAGGACAAGUGGACUGGCUGUUUCCCUGUCAAGUGGCACAUUGUGAAGGAUGUUCCAAACAGCUUACUGAAGCACAUCAUUCUUGAGAACAAUGAGAACAAGCCUGUGACAAAUUGCAGAGAUACACAUGAGGUGAAGCUUGAGAAAGGACUUCAAGUGCUUAAGAUUUUCAAGGAUCAUGUCUGCAAGACAUCUAUACUGGAUGACUUUGGUUUUUAUGAUAAUCGUGAGAAGAUGAUGCAAGAGAGGAAAGCAAAGCAGCAGCAGUCACUGAAGAAGGUCACGGAUGUGAAGCUGCUUAAUGCUAUUGACACAGAGAAGAAAGUGCUCAGCGGGGAGCCUGGAUCACAGAAACUUGCUGAGGUUGAGGUUGAUGUCUUGAACAAAGAGCCUUCACAUGACAAAGCAGGACAGAAAAAUGAUGUGAAAGGAAAUGGUGUUGCCCCACAAGACCUUAAAUCUCCAACUGAAAAGUUGGCAGGUGCAAAUGGCUGUUAACUUUUUUGUGAUCAGCUCAGCCAUUGAGGGUGGUAUGGGGUGAAACCUUACAGGCUGUGGGGGCUUUGGUUUGAGACAUUUCAAGAUCCCAUUUAGCUUAUUUGUUGUUCCUCUUUACUACUUCCCCAUUGCUUGCAGUUAGGAGUACAGUUCAUAGGAGAGGUUUAGCUAGUUGCUUGUGUUUGGUGAUAGUUGUGGGCUGUGUUCUGGCUAAUCAGUUUUUUAGGAGUAGAGGUUGAUUAACUGGGUUUUGCAAUGACGGAUCAUGGGUUUGAGGACGUAUUUUAUUUUACUUUCUUUCUCUUUCUGAAUUCUGGACAACUGUAACUCUUUUUUUUAUGUCGGCUGGUGUAAGAACCUGAAAUGAACCUGGGAAUGCAAUCAAGGAAUUUUAAUAUAUUUUUAACGCAGUA